UUCCUGGUGGAACUGUCCAGAGUGCUGGCAAACCCUGGCAACAGCCAAGUUGCCCGCGUGGCGGCCGGCUUGCAGAUCAAGAACUCCCUGACCUCCAAGGACCCCGACAUCAAGGCUCAGUACCAACAGAGAUGGCUUGCCAUCGAUGCCAAUGCCCGCAGGGAAGUCAAAAACUACGUUUUGCAGACGUUGGGUACGGAAACGUACAGACCCAGCUCGGCCUCUCAGUGCGUGGCCGGUAUCGCCUGCGCCGAGAUCCCCAUGAACCAGUGGCCUGAGCUCAUUCCCCAGUUGGUCGCCAACGUUACGAAUCAGCACAGUACGGAGCACAUGAAAGAGUCGACGUUGGAGGCCAUUGGAUAUAUCUGCCAGGAUAUCGAUCCAGAGCAACUUCAGGACAAAUCCAAUGAGAUCCUGACAGCCAUCAUCCAGGGAAUGAGAAAGGAAGAGCCCAGCAACAAUGUGAAGCUAGCAGCUACAAACGCACUCCUGAACUCCUUGGAAUUCACCAAAGCAAACUUCGACAAAGAGUCUGAAAGGCACUUUAUUAUGCAAGUAGUCUGUGAAGCAACGCAGUGUCCGGAUACGAGGGUACGAGUGGCUGCCCUGCAGAAUCUGGUGAAGAUAAUGUCCCUUUAUUAUCAGUAUAUGGAGACGUACAUGGGUCCUGCGCUCUUUGCUAUAACUAUUGAAGCGAUGAAAAGUGACAUCGAUGAGGUGGCUCUGCAGGGCAUAGAGUUCUGGUCAAACGUCUGCGAUGAGGAGAUGGACCUGGCCAUAGAGGCUUCUGAGGCAGCGGAGCAAGGAAGGCCUCCCGAGCACACUAGCAAGUUCUACGCCAAGGGAGCACUACAGUACUUGGUCCCAAUUCUAACGCAGACGUUAACGAAGCAGGAUGAAAAUGAUGAUGACGACGACUGGAAUCCCUGCAAAGCAGCGGGAGUCUGCCUCAUGCUCCUGGCGACCUGCUGUGAAGACGACAUCGUUCCUCACGUGCUGCCCUUUAUUAAAGAACACAUUAAAAACCCAGAUUGGCGAUACAGAGAUGCUGCUGUGAUGGCUUUUGGGUGCAUUUUGGAAGGACCAGAGCCCAACCAGCUCAAACCACUAGUCAUACAGGCAAUGCCAACUCUAAUAGAACUAAUGAAGGACCCCAGCGUUGUGGUUCGAGACACGACUGCUUGGACCGUGGGCAGGAUCUGCGAGAUGCUUCCUGAAGCUGCCAUCAACGACAUUUACCUCGCGCCGCUGCUGCAGUGUCUGAUGGAGGGCCUGAGCGCCGAGCCCAGGGUGGCCUCCAACGUCUGCUGGGCCUUCUCUAGUCUUGCUGAAGCUGCCUAUGAAGCUGCAGAUGUAGGUGAUGAUCAGGAAGAACCAGCAACCUACUGCUUAUCCUCUUCAUUUGAGCUCAUAGUUCAGAAAAUUCUGGAGACUGCAGAUAGGCCUGAUGGACACCAGAAUAAUUUGAGGAGUUCCGCUUACGAGUCUCUGAUGGAAAUAGUGAAGAACAGUGCCAAGGACUGUUACCCGGCUGUGCAGAAGACAACGCUGGUCAUCAUGGAGCGACUUCAGCAGGUGCUGCAGAUGGAGUCUCAUAUCCAGAGCACUUCCGACAGAAUCCAGUUCAACGAUCUUCAGUCUCUUCUUUGUGCUACUCUACAGAACGUCCUCCGGAAGGUCCAGCACCAGGACGCUUUGCAGAUCUCCGACGUGGUGAUGGCGUCGCUGCUGCGAAUGUUCCAGAGCACGGCGGGCUCGGGGGGCGUGCAGGAGGACGCCUUGAUGGCAGUCAGCACCCUGGUAGAAGUCUUAGGUGGAGAGUUUCUGAAGUACAUGGAUGCCUUCAAACCCUUCCUUGGCAUUGGACUGAAGAACUACGCUGAGUACCAGGUUUGUCUGGCUACGGUGGGCCUGGUUGGGGACUUGUGCAGAGCCCUGCAAUCCAACAUCUUGCCUUUCUGUGAUGAGGUUAUGCAGCUGCUCCUGGAGAACUUGGGGAAUGAAAACGUUCAUAGGUCUGUGAAGCCUCAGAUUCUCUCGGUGUUCGGCGAUAUUGCCCUUGCCAUCGGAGGAGAGUUUAAGAAGUACCUGGAUGUGGUACUGAACACGCUGCAGCAAGCUUCCCAAGCCCAGGUGGAUAAGUCGGACUACGACAUGGUGGAUUACCUGAACGAGUUGAGGGAGGGCUGCCUGGAAGCGUACACCGGCAUCGUCCAGGGAUUGAAGGGAGACCAAGAAAACGUGCACCCGGAUGUGAUGCUGGUGCAGCCCAGGGUAGAAUUUAUUCUGUCUUACAUCGACCACAUUGCUGGAGACGAGGAUCACACCGAUGGAGUCGUGGCAUGCGCUGCCGGACUGAUAGGGGAUUUGUGUACAGCGUUUGGAAAAGAUGUACUGAAAUUAGUAGAAGCUAGACCCAUGAUACAUGAACUACUAACUGAAGGGAGAAGAUCCAAGACGAACAAAACAAAAACCCUCGCUACCUGGGCGACUAAAGAACUGAGAAAACUGAAGAAUCAAGCUUGGUAA